AUGAUAAAGUCCAAGCAAACUGCUUUGCAAAUGUCAGCUUCUUCAUUUUUGGAGAAGGAAAGGGAGCUCCAAUCCAAAAUCGAGCAACUGGAGGACAAAGUUGAGGAAUUCAAUCAAAGCAUUGCUUUGCAAAAGGUUGAUGAGGAUAAGGGUAUUACUACUUCAAAUGAUACUACCAGCGUGGCUGAGGAAAACGGUGUUGCAUUGACAUUGUUGAAUAGUAAUUUAUAUUUGCCGGGGAAAGAAGCAGAAAGAUCCACAGUGGAUGAUAAUGGAGAUAGCAAUCUUUGUGAAGCUUUAGCUGAGUUAUCGCUGUUGAAGGAAGGAAACAACUUAAUGGAAACUGAGCUUAAAGAGUUACAACAAAGAUACUCAGAAAUGAGUCUCAAAUUUGCAGAGGUAGAAAGUGAAAGACAAAAGCUUGUUAUGACUGUAAGAAACCUCAAGAAUGCUCGGAAGGCUCAGUGACUUGUUCAAGUUCAUCACUGGAAAAUGGA